AUGGGAGUCAGCCAACGCGUCAAGUCCAAGUAUGUUUUCCGUCUUCCGAUUUCGUUUCUCAAGACAAAGCGAAUGAACGUGAAAGGGAAGGACAUAGAUGCCGGAGAAGACCUCGACGAAGGGUUAUACACCAGCAUCCCUCAAACAGUUCGGGUGCAGUAUGAAUCAGAUGUUGAAUCAGAGAUCGAGUCUGAUGGAGAUGUCGACCUUGUCGGCAUUAGCACAUCGGUCUCUGCUGCUACUAGGAAGAGGAAGAGACUAGUCAGCUGGGAUGGUACCAAAUAUCAGACGAGCAGUCGAUGGACUAUGCAGCAAGAAAAGCAGCUUGUACAUGCACGAGCUGAGCUGGCCAGGUGUCAGAAAGCAUGGAGCUCGGAGCAAGAAAUUUGGCUGAAAUGUGUAAGUUUUCUCUCGCCCGCUGCUGGGGUUUCUUUUGUAUAG